AAAAAAGGAAACGGAUCCGAUUUCUCUCCACGCCGCCAAGAGAUCGGCUCCUCUCUCUCUCUCUCUCUCCUUCAGACCCGUUCUAGGGCUAGGGUUUUCUCGGCUCCUUCUCCUUCGAAGCUUGUCGUUCGCUCCUCCCUCGAACCUCGUCGUCCCCCGAAUCUCGUCGUCGACUCCUCCCUCGAAGCUCGUCGUCCCUUGCAGCUCGUCUCCCUCGAAGAUCGUCGUUUACUCCUCCCUCGACCGUCUUCCCUCCUUCAGGUUCGCAUUUUGUCCCCCUCAUGAAAUCGCCGUGUCCCUGCCGUUUGGCUGCGGAACCGUACCCAAACCGCACCCGACACGGGUACGGCACCCAUUUUGCCGUGUCGGGGUGUCAUAGAUAUUCACAGAUGGGUGAUGUAAUUGGAAGCGUGAAGCAACAAAUUUCAAGAUUAUUUGAAGUCUCUCUUAAAACCACAUUCCCUGACGAGGGAAACACAGAGCCAAUGGUGGCUAUGUCCACCCAAAAGUUUGCUGACUACCAGUGCAAUAAUGCAAUGAGCUUGUUUUCCAAGAUCAAAGGAAAGUCCACAGACUAUAGAAACCCAAAUUCUGUUGGUCAGGCUAUUGCCAGAAAUCUCCCUCCAUCAGAUAUUAUUGAGUCUACAUCUGUUGCAGGACCAGGUUUUGUAAAUGUAGUUCUGUCAAGCACAUGGGUGGCUCAGUAUAUACAAAGUAUGCUAUUGAAUGGUAUUGAGACAUGGGCACCACUUUUAUCAGUUAAAAGGGCGGUGGUUGACUUUUCUUCACCUAAUAUUGCAAAAGAAAUGCAUGUUGGUCAUUUAAGGUCAACUAUAAUUGGAGACACUUUAGCUCGAAUGCUGGAAUUCUCUAAAGUUGAUGUUCUACGACGGAACCACGUUGGUGACUGGGGUACACAGUUCGGAAUGUUGAUUGAAUAUCUAUUUGAAAUGUUUCCUAAUUGGGAAGAUGUUGGGGAGCAAGCCAUUGGAGAUCUCCAGGAAUUCUACAAGGCAUCAAAAAAGAGGUUUGAUGAUGACCCUUCUUUCAAGGAGAGGGCACAACUAGCAGUAGUUCAAUUGCAGGGUGGAGAUAUGAAGUAUCGUAACGCAUGGAAAAAGAUAUGUGAAAUUAGCCGUAAGGAAUUCGACUUAGUGUAUAAGCGUCUUGGAGUUUACUUGGAAGAGAAGGGUGAAAGCUUCUACAAUCCUUAUAUUCCAGGAGUUUUGGAGGAAUUAACUCAGAAGGGGUUGGUUGAAGAAAGUGAAGGUGCCCGUGUGAUAUUUAUUGAAGGUCAAUCUAUCCCUUUAAUUGUUGUAAAGAAGGAUGGUGGAUUUAACUAUGCAUCAACUGAUCUAGCGGCUCUUUGGUAUCGUCUUAAUGAAGAGAAAGCUGAGUGGAUCAUAUAUGUAACAGACGCUGGUCAGCAGUUACAUUUUAGCAUGUUAUUCAGUGCUGCUAGAAAAGCUGGCUGGCUUCCAGAAAACAGCAAUUUAUAUCCGAAAGCAAACCAUGUUGGUUUUGGACUUGUUCUUGGAUCAGAUGGAAAGCGCUUUCGGACUCGUAGCUCAGAAGUUGUUCGAUUAGCAGAAUUGCUUGAUGAAGCUAAAGAUCGUAGUAAAGCCGAACUCAGGACACGUCUUGAGGAUAGUGGGAAACUUGCAGAAUGGACAGACGAAGAGCUUGAAGAAACUGCAGAGGCAGUUGGCUAUGGCGCUGUUAAGUAUGCAGAUCUGAAGAACAACCGGUCAACUAACUACACAUUCAGUUUUGAGCAAAUGCUAAAUGACAAGGGAAAUACUGCUGUAUAUCUGUUAUAUGCUCACGCUCGUAUAUGUUCCAUCAUCAGGAAGUCUGGUAAAGAUAUUAAAGAACUGAUGAAGAAUGGUACCGUUGUGUUGGCUCAUCCAGAUGAACGCAUCUUGGGGCUUCAUCUGAUCCACUUUGCAGAGAUGGUUGAGGAGGCCUGCAUCAAUCUCUUGCCAAAUGUCAUAUGCGAGUACCUGUACAACUUAUCUGAAAUAUUCACAAGAUUUUAUACUAAUUGCAAGGUUGUUGGAUCAGCAGAAGAGACGAGUAGAUUGCUGUUAUGCGAGGCGACGGCUGUUGUCAUGAGGAAAUGCUUUCACCUUCUUGGGAUCAAGCCUGUCUACAAAAUAUAAGGCUACUUUGGAUCUUACUUUUCCAUUUAGCUUGCGUUCGCAUUCAUCUUCAAAUUUGUCCGUUGUGUUAACAAAUUUAAUUUUGGUGAGAAUUUAAGGGAAAAUCCCCUCACUUGGAUAACAUCUCAAGCUUCUAACCGAGUAUGCCAUCACGUAGCAGUAAUAUUGGUUCAUGUACUUUUUGGAAUAUGUACUUGACUAUCUAUAUCAACAAUCCUUCUAGUUGGUUGCAUUUAUUGCUGCUGUCUUUGGGAAAAAUAUUAAGUUCAUCCAGAGUUAUGACAUUAAGUAUGCAUCAAAUGAAUAUCAGUCUUAGAAUCA